AUGGCCCAGAUCGUCGCCAAGCCCUUCCGCCUCGCGCUCCUCCAGCUCGCGGGUCUGAACGCGACCAAGGCGAACAACAUCUCUGUCGCUCGCGCCGCCGUCAAGAAGGCAGCCGAGUCCAAGCCCAAGCCCGACCUCAUCGUGUUACCCGAGAUCUGGAACUCGCCCUACGCCGUCACCGCCUUUGAGCAGUACAGCGAGCGCGUCCCCAACGUCAAGAACGGCAAGGAGGAGCCCGCCAAGGGCGAGGAGGGAGAGAGCAUUACGGCCCUCAGGGAAAUGGCCCGCGACAACGGCGUCUGGCUCAUCGGCGGAUCCAUCCCGGAGAAGGAAGACGGUACGAACAACAUCUACAACACGCUCACGGCGUACAACCCGGAAGGCGAGAUGGUCGCGAAGCACCGCAAGGUGCACCUGUUCGACAUCGACAUCCCCGGCCGCCAGAAGUUCAAGGAGUCCGACUCGCUCUCCCCUGGCAUGACGCUCAACUCGUUCGAGGCGCCGUUCGGCAAGAUCGGAGUAGGAAUCUGCUAUGACAUCUACGGCCACUCGUCUGUCGUCAACCCUCUUGGAGAUGUCAUGGAGGAGGCUGAUGAGAACGAGGCCAUUGUCUACGCGGACAUCGACCCCGAGAUGCUGGCGACCACUCGCCGAAACCUGCCCGUCACGAUCCAGAGGCGAUUCGACGUGUACCCCGAUGUUGCCAACCCCAAGAACUAG